AUGUGCUGCCAUUACCUUAGUGAUUCCCCGUGUCAGGACGUGCUGCUUGGAGCAGAAGAGUGUCAGAGUCCAUUUGGAUCUUACGAGCUGACUAUACCUGUAGAUGAAGACGUGGAUUGUCGACCGGACGGUUCACAGUUAACAAACAAGAAUUGCAAAGACUUUGACGUGAGUUUAUUUAUCAUUGACAUUGUGCAUAGGGGAUACCCUACGAAUCUUUCAGUGCUAAUCUUACGCUCACCGCCUAUUGCAAAAAGUACUGAGCAGUUUUUGACAAGUUGAGAACAUUCGUUUAUACCCCAAGUCGGAUAGACAAACCACUAAAACAGAAGUCGUUAGAUGAAAUAGUCAUCCAAAGAGUCGAACUUUCCGAAUAUAACUGAUUAUACCUCAUAAUCUACGUCCUUGACUGAAGCCAUUAUGUCGGUGUAAUCGCACGUGACCCAACAUAAAAGCCAGAACACUUUUUCUCAGCCUACUGAAAUGACCACCCAAGCAACUGAUGCAAUAUUUUGUUCGUAAAGGGAAAACUACUCUUUGUAGUAACAAUGACCUUUAUGGCAACUCAUUAAAUGCAUUUUUAUCAUGAAGAGAACUUAUAAUAGAGGGCUUAAUUUGUAUACUAAAGAGCCUUGUCUUAAAAAGUCAGCUAUUAGUUUUAGCAAAUAUUUUCUGCAAAAGCGAUAUUUUUUGUACAUGUUUUAUUCUUAGUGGAAACAAAUCUUACAUGAGCAUCCAAAUUCUCGUCUUUCUUUAUUUGUUUCCCUGAUUUAUACUGCUCUCCUAUUUGUAGUUAAUAUACUUAUGAUGGGCUUUUUUUCACAGAAGAGCGUCUACACAAAUAUGAACGUGUGGACACAUUAUUUAUACUGGUCUGACAGAUACCCAACCGGACCGAAUGAUGAGAAAUGCGCUGGUCACUCAAGAGCCAAGUCUAAAAUCUCGGUGUCUGAGCCUUCCCCAGCUUUAGAGCUCAAGGCAUCAAACGUCACAGGAAAAUAGAAGAUACAUACAAUUAAACGUUUCUGAUAUCUAAGACGAGAAAAAAAAAGUGAUGCAAAACAGAUAAUGCCGAAUUGGUGUCAAAAAGGAUAAAUGGUUUCAAACUGUUUAUUGUGAGAUUGAAUGAAUUUUAUAAUGAUAAAAUACAAACUAAUGAAAUAAAAAACACGUUCCUCAUACUGCUUUGGGAUCGGUCAUUAUUUGUCGCACUCGGAAAGGAAGAGGAGUUACCCGGGGGGAGGGGUGAGGAGUCGGAGGCGUUUAGUUCUGUCACGAGAAAAUUAAGUUGAUCUCCCUAUAAAGCUCUGCAGUAUUCUUAGGAUCCCCUGGUCAUUGGCAAGUAAUUGCCAUUCAGUCCCCCUCCUUUUUUAUUCCGAUGUUGGCGACUGAUGCCCUAUUUGUGACGAAAUUCAUUCAUAAUGGAUAUUAAUUGCUGUCGUAAUUUUUGAUGAAAUAAAUUGCAGUUCGCCUGCAUAGGUCAUUGCUUUACUUAAGAAUACUUUCUCUGGAUCUUCCUGCUACAGAAACGAGAUUGAACUUUAGAAGGUAUGUGAAUUGUUUCGCAGUCUAUCUUUACAAGCAAUAAACUCUCUUGCAGACGAGAAAGAAGCAAACACGAAAACCAGUUGUCUUAAUUGUGUAUUGCAUUCAGCAUUGUUUUCCUUUUUUAAGCCAAUAUAGACGAGUCUGAUCAACACGUUGCGCUUGAACUAUUUGAGGAUCCAACUGCCCCUAUAGGGGACGCCAGAGGGAUAACCAAUGAGCGGAACCGUCUGUGUUACACGCUUGUAGUUCCAUAUAACAUAACACUCGAACUGGGUGUGUAUAUACACUAGCUAAUCACAGUUUAUGUUUAAUGUUUUAGCUCACUCCUCUUCGUCCCAUUUUCUGAUCUAUUUUGACGAGUCACCACGUUAUUCAAAGUGAAAUCAUUAUUAGGCGAGAGUAAGAUACAAUAAUUAAAGGACUAUUAAAAUUUGAAAUUCAGCCCCCUGAGUUUUUUCUUUUAUUUUCAGCUCCUAUUUUAAAACUAAUUUUCUUGUUGUAACCGAUCAAACAUUUUCACAAGAGAAUCCUACCGCUAAAAAUGUCAUUCUUAGCGCAAUGCGGGUGUGGGAACAAAGCUCGUGCUUAAAUUUUGUGAGAAGAACAACUGAAAAGGACUACAUUGAGUUUUUCAAAAGAGGCGGGCGAGUAUUUUUUACUGUCGUCGUCUAUUUUUAUUUUCAAAGGAUGUACACGAGGUACCUCACAAUACUUAUAGGAGGGAAAAGAGAGGGCAAUCUUUUGGAUCUAAAGGAGAAAUUUUGAUAGACACCAAGAGUGUGUAAUGCUCCGUAUUGAUUGCAAUUCCAAAUUAAUCUUGCAGAAAGGAUCGUAAUUUUUUUUCUGUCAUUGCACUCGUUUUCGUAUUGCGAAGAUGUUGAUCAUGUGUUGGACGUCAAGGUGGAAAGCUUCAGAUAAUACUGGCCAGCGGUUGCUGGUAUCAAGGAACAGUUGUUCGUGAAAUGGGUGAGUGACAUCUAUCAUGGAUAAAAAAGGUUACAUGCCAAGCUGCAUUGUUUCAAAGGUCGGUGAUUGUAAGAAUCAUUAUGAUUUACAAUGAUCGUGUAAUAAUUACUAGGACUUACUAAGCGAACAAGUCUGAAAAAGAGCCUUCAAUGAAACCCCCCAUCACAUUAGUGGCAGUGAUAAUUUUCGUGCAUUUCUUUAGGUGAUAAUGUGUGUGCACAAUCUUUUCUGUCGCACUUGACUGCUUAGGCGUUCGAAAUUCUCGUAAAUGAUCCUUCGAUUGUCCUUAGUACAAAACGAACAAACGCGCUAGGUGCAUUGAUGAGUUACGUCAGCUCAUGGAAGUUAGAGAAAUUGCGGUAUUCUCAUCGCGUCAAAAAUUUAAAAAGUAUUUGUGUUUUUGAGUACAAGAAAAAUUGUCUUUAACAACCAGGUACAGCACUUCUAAACGAAGACAGGCAUGUCCUUCUACACAUGGAAAAACACAUACUAGUCCUGUAUCAAUUAGUUUUUGAUAUCGCCAUCUGUUGGACUUUUUCUAAAGUAAUAUUUGGGCGCCAGCAUAACUUUUUAACUAAAGUUUUUGCUCAGAUCGGAUAUCAUUCGUAGGAACGCACACGGAUAAGUUUUCACUUCAAAAAGGAUAAGUAAUGCAACGAUUACUGGUAUUUGUCUCUCUUACGGCUUUAGAUCUCGUGUACGGUAAAGGUAAGUGGCUCUGAAAUAACCUGUCUCCUUAUUUUUUUCUUUUCAGGACGUGUUGGUAAAUCUAGGUAUCUCUUUCUCACGCGUUGCGCUUUUUCUCGAGAGAUUCAGGAUCGAAGAGGAAGCUUACUAGCUAUAACCUUUGGAAAUUGAAAAGAAAAAUAAACAAACAAACAAACAAAACUAGAGCCUUCCAAUAGUUGGACAUGUCUUUUGAUUUUGCCUUGGAUGUAAUAAUUCAUAUGGAGUUUAGUCGAUAAAAAUUGUUAUUGCAAUGUUUGUUGAAGCUAUUACCAUCAUUGUCAACCUCAAACUAAGUUUUUUUAUCGCCAUUAAAACAUUUUAUAUCAGUGUAAAUUUGGUAUGCCAGUCUAAGAACUUAAAGCAUUACUUCGAUAACUAAGGUAAUAUCAUUAAGCAAACAAGCUACUUAUUAUAGCUAAGUUCAGGUAAAAAAAGAGAAAUUAUUCAUAAUGUGGACCCGUAUCUGACGAAUCAUUCACCGACGGCUGAUAUUUAUACGAUUCGGUAGGCGGUGCACGGUAGAAUUGGAAAAGGUACCAGUUUUAUGACGUGCUUGUUUAGCUUUCAACCACCGACUUGAACCAUCAAGGAAACCCUUGAACUAUUGAUGAUAUACCAGUACAACACCGGUCCAAUAAGAUUCUGUGAUCAGGGUAAAUCUUUGGAAAUAAUUUUUUUCCACCUCAUGUUAUGAGGCAGACUUUCGCGUGUAAUGCUUUCAAAUAGAAUAGUAAAGAAAAAGAAAAACGUUCCUGGGAUAGAGUCCACCACCGAACCCAGAAUUUGCAUGUUUUCGGGUAUACAAAUUAGGCUGCUACAAGGAACCAGAACAAGAAAUUAACACGCCUUAUCUUUAAAACAAAAAAAGGCUCUGACUACAAAUAAAUCCCACAUACUUAAACGGUGCAGGUAGAAUUUAAGACAAAAAAGCUAAUUCUGUUUGCUGCUCUUUGCAGAGGAUGGAUGUGUUACCUUAACCGAUGGAGACAAAUCUUUCAAUGGGGAUAUCGAAUAUGUCCCCAUGAAAUGGUUUGAAACGCCCUCGGUUGUUUCUUUAAGUCCAGGUAUUACAAAUGUUUAGCCAACUACGCCAAUUCUAUAUAAUGGGACGUUUUCAAAACGUUAACAUUCAACUUGGAGUGUAGCAUAUCUUUAUCUUCUAUAACAAUAGUCCUCCAACAAUAUCCAAAGUGUGACUAGUCUGUUGGGAAAAUCCUUCAAACAGCUGUUGUCCGUGACAGAGAAUCACCCUUCAACAACCUGAUCGAUCUGAAGUCAGUAUCGUUUACCAGAAAAAUUUCUGCUUGAGAAACCGGGGUGAAACAUUGAGCCGUCUUGAUUUUUAUUGCCUUGUCUUUGAGGUACAUAAUGUUGUGCUAUUCCCCCUCCCCCUCCCCCUUAAACAACAAAUCUGAUCUAGCGAUCAGUCAGUAUAUAAAGAUGACUUUUCCCUUUCCUUUUUUGCUAUUGUUUUUGUUUUGUUUUGUUUUUUUAUGAGAAGCAUGUACAGGUGAAACAGCACUUGGGUUGGAAAGUGGUCUCGUUACAUUCCAGCAAAUGACAGCAUCCUCCACCUUCAAGAAAAAUCACGGUCCAUCUAACGGAAGACUCAACCACGCAGCUGCAAAUGGAAAAACAGGCGCCUGGUCAGCUGGGGCUAAUGAUGCAAACCAAUGGCUUCAAGUGGAUUUUGGAAGAAAUGUCAGAAUUACAAAGCUCGCUACUCAAGGGCGUCAAGACUACGAUCAGUGGGUGAAGACAUUUACUCUCUCAUACAGUGUUGAUGGCAACCCUUCUUUUCAGAUUUACCAGGAGAAUGGGGCUGAAAAGGUCUGGUGAAGUACAUUUUGCUUGAUGAACAUUUCAGUCAAACAUAAUUUCUAAAAUUUUUGAGCAUUAAAAGUCUUUUAAAAGAAAUACAAUCAAGUUGAGAAUUUACAGCAAAAAUUUAAUUUGAAUUUUAAAAAAACAAACUACGGAAUUGAGAUUAAAAAAAAAAAACAUUUAAAUCAAAAUUCUGAUUGAAAAAAAAAAUGCUCGUGUUUUCACGAGAACUGUAAUUGACUAAAAGUUGAGAGCCAGUUCUUAACAAAAAUGUCAUGACUGCUUCUGCAGAGGUACAGACAAUUUUUCUCCUCGUUUGCCACCUUUUCUCAGGUUUUUAAUGGAAACGCAGACAAGGACACCAUCGUGAAUCAUGUACUAAUUCAGCCAAUCAUAGCCCGGUCCGUUCAAAUAAAACCAAAAUCAUGGAAUGGUCAUAUCUCCAUGAGAGCAGAGUUUUACGGGUGCAUCCUUUCAGGUAAUGUCUGAAGUAGUUUGUUUGAUCGACAAGAUUCACCUAAAACCCAGCUAGUAAACGCACGUUUGACUUACUCGCAUAAGGUAACAGUUUCUCUUUUUCGUGGCGGAUUAUAGUAGUGUAUAGCGCGUCUUUUUUGAUCGUGGCGUUGAUGUGUUGGUCUCAAUCAAUAGAAUAGAUUGUGUUGGCCAUUUAUAAAAACAAUGGUUUUGUAUUUUAUGGGAGACCUUUUUUUUAAUUCAGCUUAGCUUUUGUGAACUACUGAUGUACUAAUGUUUUGUGAAGUUGCAAACAAAGCCUAUUUAUACAGCCACUCAAUUUUAAAGAGGGAAGAACCUCUAGAAAGAUUUGCAUCGACUUUGUAAAGAAAGAGUUCUUAGGAUCAACUGUUCAGUUCCCGUUGUUGGUUGUGCAAUAGACCGAUAUCAAGUGUUGGGCCGAGUGGUGCACGUGGAUUUCGUAAAAGAGCAACUAGAAACAAAGAAAAAGGUAAACUUUGGAGACUCCCAGGAACAGACUAAUGGAAUCGAGCUGGCAGUCAUGGCGGAUACCAUUCAUGUGAAGGUGUGUUUGAAAAUUUUGUACCUAAGUCUAGUCAACGCUACAAUAGGCUCCUGAGGGGCUUAUCAGUUAUUUUUUGCGUCUUCUAGUUAGCGGGCUUUUUUUAGAACCUGGUCCUAAAAGCUCUUAAAUUACAGUUCGAGGCGGCGCAAAACGACCUUCAAACGUUGAGAUAACCUGUCAUCAAAAUCUGCCAUUUCCCACAUUUUUUCCAACAAAUUUUAAGAAAAAGGGUAGAUCUUUGUUAUUUAUUUAAAGAGAUUUUAGGAAAUCUUUACGACAGAACCGGAGUCGAAGUCAUAAAAACACCUUCGAUACGCCAAGUAUGGGCGGACUUGGGCGGCUUCAUCGAUUUUUUGCCAAGCAAAAACAACUGGAACUUUUUAAUACCCAUUUCGUGGUUAGGACCCUAAAAUUAGCCUUCAUGCCAAAUUUCAGCCAACUCGGUAAGGUAAAGUGGUCGCGAUUUUUUUAAAAGUUCGAAAGUUACAGACUAUUGCUCUCAAUACCUAUCAAUGUGUUGAUUGAUUUGAUGUGCAGUUAUUCUACAUUUUAAUCUGUGAUCGAUGAUUUGUUACACAGGGAGACAUUAAAAUGCGUGGCACCAAGAAACUGACAAUGUUCAGCCGUAAGCUUUCAUUUGUGAAAGGAAGUAGGCUAGAUCUCAGAGCUCCAGAUCGGCCACAAAACUUUAAAAACCUUGAACCUGGCGCUGAUGGAAAGGAUGGCAACCAUGGUGUAAACGGGACCAUAGGUAAAAAGAUGGCUUUAAGAGCAGCUCGAAAUCUCUGUUCGUAUAAUGAGUGUCAUGCAGAGGUUUCAGUACCAAGGACGCUAGGGCAACUUGAUGAACUUGAGAAUUUCACAACAGAGCUAAAUUACAACAAGACUCAGUUAUGAAAAGUGACAUUUGUUCCAGUAACCAUUACUAAUCUUGACAAAGAUGUCGACGAUUUCAUUUAUUAUUAACUUAUUCUUGGUAUUUUAAAGUAAUAUUUUUUUACUCGGUAAACAUUUUUCUUUUGAUAAAAGCUAGGUUUAAUUAACGAUCUUGCGUAUAUUUUUUAAAAAUAUUUCUGUAAACAUUUUUAAUAGAAAGGUUGAAUUAGUGAUUUUGUAAAUUUUUUUUUAGAAAAUUUAACCUACGUUAACAAAUAAAGUAUGUAUGUAUGUAUGCAUGUAUGUAUAUGUCAGAAAUGUGCUAAAAAAAACUCGUUUGUGUGGAAAUAGUAACAAUGGCAAUGAUCUUGAUAUUGAUGGUGAUGAAUCUCUUUUUUAGAAUCUCAGCUGUCGUAAGUUCUGCUUUUUAAAGAUAUUUCUUCCUUAUUAUCAGUGGAGAUAUCAGCCCAUACUGUGGUAGGACACAUCAACAUCAUAACUAACGGCGGUAAUGGAAACAAAGGCCAAAAUGGCGCGGAUGGGAGGAAAGGGGCUGACAGCAUGGCAAAGGUAUAAAAAUUAUUAUAUGUUUGUUUGUCACUAUUUUGUCCGAUGUUUUCGUUAUUUGUUACGAAUGAAUGCCUUCUACCCGAUUAUAAACAGAGCCACCAAGAUUUCACUAUAUCAAUGACGAAAUCUCGCCCAAAAAUUUCAUUAGCAAAAUGGAUGGACGAUUAUCACUCAGAAAAGAAAAUAGAUAUAAUAAAAAUGACCUUUGACUCCCGAUGAUAUAGCCACAUCUUUGUAUGUUUAUCCGUUAGUGACACUUAAGAGUCUUUAGAUUCAUACAAUGGCGAGGUAAUUACAUGGAAGCUUUUUCCAAUUACAACAGGUGUUGGAUAAAACUCAGUCAGAUUGUAAUGCGCGAGCUAAGAGGAAUGACAAGGGUAAAGUCACCGGGUGUACAGAACAUAUCACAGGGACACCAGGUGCCAAAGGAGGAAAUGGAGGAGAUGGGGGAUACGCUGGAAAGUCGGGUUUGUGAUGAGUUACCAUAGAUAAAAAAAAUGCCCCGCGUGUGUCAUUAAAGACUGAUUGCUAAACAUAUCGUACGUCUCAAAACUGUAACAGGGCACUCCAAAAUUCCAUCAUCUCUCUCGACACAUAAUUCCCUACAAGCCUAAAACUCUCAGCAUAAGUUUUAAAACCUCGAUUUUUAUAGCGAAAUGAUUAUCGGAGCACAAAGUUUCAACAAUAAAAUAUUCCUGACUUUGCCGGGCGUCGGUUUAUCUCUUUGGAUAACUUCUUUUCACCGUCCAGUUAUUUGUUUGUGAUUUAUUGUUGUUUUUAUUGUUGUUGCUUUUUGUUUUGUUUUGUUUGUUUUUUUUGGCUCAUUCUUUUUUUUUGUUAUAUUUUCUUUAUAAAUUAUCGUUACGUCACUGUUUACGUUUUGUUAUUUUGUUUGUUUAGUAAUUCACUCAAUUUUGUUUUUAAUAAUAAUGAUAAUAAUAGUACAGUAAAUGGUUUGAACGCGGGAGUAACAUGUAAUAGUGUAGUUUGAUCGUCCGGGUGAGUGUAGUCCUGAGAAGGACUGUUGUCGGUGAUAUAUGGUGACUGACGUUUCGACAACCUGAGCGGAAGUCAUCAUUAGAGUCAAGUGAAAAGCUGGUGUCAGUCGAAUGUACUUAGUCCGGUUUGUAUUAACUGAUAGGUCAGUUUUCCCGGGAUGUUAUUGGCUGUAAGACUCAAGUGGCUUAGGUCAGUCGUGAUUGGUCGGUUUCGAUCCGUUAGUGAAAUUAGGUCGUUUUUCUUGGUUCGUUUGUAAUGUUAAUGUCGUGAAUGAGUCGUUUGUAUGGUGCCGGUAGUGGUUGACACCUGUUGAGACGAGUCUGUUCCAGGUUAAUAAACCAGAUUUUUAGGGUCAGUCGUUGAAAGUAGUUGGUGCUGUAGGUUACGCAUUGCGUAGAGUCCCAGUCAAUAGUAUGGUUGGUAAGUCGGUGAUGUUCAGCAAUGUGGUUGUUGACAUCGCCUUUCCUCAGUCCGAUGUAGGAGGCGUGGAAGUUGGAGCAAUUGAUCUUAUAUACUGUUCCCUGUCUGUUCCUCGGUUCGUCUUUGUCUUUGACGUUAGUCAGUAACUGACUUAGUGUGGUAAUAGGUUUGUGAGCGACGCGGAUAUUGAAACCUGAAGCAUCAUAUCCGCGUCGCUCACAAACCUAUUUCCAGGUUGUCGAAACGUCAGUCACCAUUACCGACAACAGUCCUUCUCAGGACUACACUCACCCGAACGAUCAAACUACACUAUUACAAUAAUAGUAACAAUAACUUGCAAGAUUCUAAAGUAAAGAAUAUUGGCAUGGAAAGAAUGGUUGAAUUUUGUUUAAAAAAUGUGCUUUUAGUGGAAUGAUAUCGAAAUUAAUUAUAUGGAGAAUAAUACAUGGGCGCGCUUGGAUAUGGAAUUUCUCUUCGAGUGUUUAACUCUCAAGAUGAAAACAUGCGUUGAAUCACUACAAAAACAAACAAUGGGCCUGGUUUUCAAUUUACAAAAUUCUCAGUUUUUGUCCAGGUCCUUACCGAAAGAAGAAAUCUUUCAGGUACACGGCCAAAAUCGAGUUGCACCAAAUCUCAAGUGGUCGAUUUUCGUUCUCAGCCACAAGAUAUGCCAUUACCAAAGCCAUUGAAUAAGUAACUUUCGGUUCUUCGUCUGGUAUUUUGGUUUUCUUCCCCUUCUAGUUUGAACGUCACUGUCUGUAAGCGAUACGGAUUUUUCAAUGUAAUAGCAGCCAUAAUCCGAAAAAAUUCCGACAAACGACCUUGGAUUGAGAAUGAUGUGGGCUUUGCCGUUCGUUCAUCAACCUAACCGAGUGGCACGAAAUUCGAGUGACGUGUCAGCAGCUGAUUGGCGAUAUCAAACACUCGUGAAAACAUAUAGUAUUUUUUCACGUGCCUUGUUACGGCUUUCCUCGGGGCCAGAAAUCCUUGUAUAACACCGUAGUUUAUUGGAUAAAACACGUUUAUUUGUGAUGCCGAAGCUCUGAUUUGUCUAACAACAGGUAAUGGAGGAAAUGCUGGUUGUCAAACAAUCUAUUUAACAAGAUUGCUCGGGAAUAUAGAGUUAAAGACGUGUCGUGGAACAGGAGGACAAGCGGCUAAAAAUGGAGUGGGUGGAGAAGGUGAAGUUUCGCAUCCUCUUUUGCAUUUUGCAAACUCCUUUGCACAUUCACAAGCGGUAUAUGAAGAUACUAACGAUGAUAGUGCUGAUAACGGAUGAUGGUGAUAAUGUUAAUUGCUACAUGAAAAAAUGAAUAAAUUAGAUGAAAAUGGAAAGGUUUUUUGUGAGGGUCAAAUCUGGACUUCAUCUUCGUCUUGAAUUGAACAUCAUCAUCACCCUCCUUUUAACUGACAGGAGGCCAAGGUGGACUCGGAGGUCGUGGAAUCAAAUGCAAAUACAGCCGGAGAUGCAAAAUAGUCGGACUAGCAUGCAAGGCUGAUGGUCAAACUGAGGCUUCUCGAGGACCAACUGGAAAUAAAGGUCGCCACGGGCAAAGUUGAGUGUUGCACCUUGGUUGCAAUUUUUAGUAAUACGGCAUAAUCAUUUUUUUUAAAGAGUAACGGCGUAUUUAUUCUUUCGCGUAACCUUUCCUGUGUGCCCGAAGAUUUUUUAUUUGCUGGAUCAUUGCGUCAUUCUUUGGAGUAAAUCUGGUUAUUUUUAUGUCGCAAAACGUGAAAGUGCUAAAACAUAUUUUCACCUUUAUCGUUUGACCUAACAGUAUUUGCUGGAUCAUUGCGUCAUUCUUUGGAGUAAAUCUGGUUAUUUUUAUGUCGCAAAACGUGAAAGUGCUAAAACAUAUUUUCACCUUUAUCGUUUGACCUAACAGUAUCCUCCAACACUUUUGAAAAGGAUGAUAUAAAAUGAUUCCAAAAUGGAUCACAUUUGAUCCAAAAGUUGGAUACCUUCGUCCUAGAUUUCCCUCUUUUCUUUAUUUUUAUUUUCUUUCAGGUUCAUGAAUACGCCAUAAAAUACAUUGUAUCUUGUUUUAUUGUUUCAGCCCCUGUAAGCGCUGGUUCAAAUGGUAAGGUAGCAGACUCCUUCCUGCAAAAGUUAAAUCUCGAUCGCAGCCAGAAAGAUAAAUAUCCAGUGGUAUUGAUAAAGGUGAUGACAAGAUACGCUGAAGACCUUGUCUGGGUCAACAACACCAGAAAUGCGCAAGCAGUUUUUGAGUUUAUAGCUGAUUUAGCAAUUGGAAGAGAUGACGACCUAAGAAAAUGUAAGAUGGGUCGGCACAUCUACUGACUUUUGAGUUUUCGGAUCUCGCAUUACCAAAAAAUUGCAACCCUGAUUACAAAUUAAGAUGAUUCAAUAUGUUGGAUCGAUACUAUCGGAAUUCAGGAAUAAACACUUAACAUAUGAUACAUUUCCAACCAUAGUUGUUUUGAUAUAAAGAGGAUGUAAUUUUGUCAUGUUAACCCCAUAUGUCAAAAAAAGAAAAGAAUAUAAAAAAGCAAUCAAAAAUUGUCUAGUAAUUAAGUCGUCGAACAAUUUUCUUACAAUGGUUAACGCGACAAAGGAAGAAAGAGUGGAGGCUUCAAUUUAUCAAAACGUUGGCGUUUAAAAUGACGAAACAAUUUAGAGCCACUGUAAAGUAGAGCUAGGUUUGAUUUUCAACAAAAAUAUAAAUUCAAGGUUGAAAAUAAUGGGCAAAUCAAAAAAUUACUGUUUUAAAAUGUAUUACUGCACAAUUUUUGAUAGCCUGUGUCCUACAUGUAACUUAUGCUUACUCUUGCUGAAAAACGCUGGUUCCUCUCAGGUUCAAAAAAGCUAAUGAUGUUGCUCAAAGCUAAUUAGAAGAAGGUUUGCAACUUCAAAACAACAAAGAAUGGAUCAAAAGUAAAAAAGGAAGACACUGCACCAACAACUUCUUUGAACUACUUCCUGAGGCAAAACAGCUGAUUAAAAAAAUCGAGUUUAGCAGAGAAAUUGAAGGAAAAUGCAUAUUAUUUUUUUUUUUCAGUUGCAAAGCGAAGGCUGGGUUUCCUAAACAAGAAGGGAUUUGAUAGAUUUGGAAACAAUAAACUAUUUGCACCUCUGAUGAAAUGGGAAACGUUUAAAGAACAACUUGUGCAGAUAAAAGAUAAUGCACAAUCAUAUGAAAAUGCCUAUAAUGGGAUACGGGCAUCUGUCGAACGACAGGAAGGUAUUAAGCAAGUGCUGCAAGCCCUUCCUUUACCAGCCAAGAAUCAGGUCCAUAAAGAAAAAGAAAGACUUGUGGAGGCAAGAAGGAUAGCAUUGAGCGAAAAGAGAGCCUACGGGCAGGUACGUACCGCCCGGCUAUUCAUUUAAGGACCCACUCAGUCAGAUAGUUUGUCCGUCAGCUACAGCCAGUCAGUCUUUCGACUAGUCAGUCACUCAGUAAGUCACCCAGUUACUUAUUCACUCGGUCGCUCAAAAACAGAUGUGCAAAGUUAAUCAUGCUUUCACCUAUACAUUCACGUACUCACUGAAAAACACGUUUAGAUGUUCAGUCCUUAACCUAGCCCUCAAAGUUGUUAAUGUCAUCGAUGAGUGAAAAAGAUGGAUGAAUACUAAAACGCAUGAAUGAAAGGAUGAGCGAAUUUUGGUUAAAAUAUAAGCAUCAUUUUAGACGUUUGUUUUUCAUCCUUUUGGGACAGGCCAUUACUGAAUUGGAAGCAAGCAUGAAAAGCUCACUUGAAGAAAUACUCGUUCAGCUUCCAGACGUACAUCAGACAGCACAGUUCAACAAAAUCGACCUGUUUGUUGUUCUGCAAGCUUUAGUAGGAUUUGUCACUGGUACUACAGAGAGAGAUUCAUUAGCAUUACUUGGGACUGCUUUAAAAGUUAUUGGACAUUUUGCUUCAAAGUGCAAAACUGGAUCGCUUCAAGACAAUAAGGACAAACUCGAAAAAUGGCUGAUGUUUGGUAAGGAAUACGCUGCCUUAAACGACUCUAGUGAUCUGGAUUUUGACAAAAUAGAUGUGGGAUCUGUACCGGAAGUCAUGAAGGUAUAAGCCCUCUGUAAAGCUAGAUUUCAGCACUUUUAAAGACAAUUUUCGACCGGUUGCCAUGGGUUUUCUCUAGAAUCCCAAAACGCGGUUAGUGUCAUUAUCUCAUUGAAACAUGGAUAGUGAGCAUGAAAUGUUCACUUUUUCUCUUCUUUUAGCUGAUAAAAUUCAAAGGAAAUUUUGACAACAAAUUUUCUCAACUUUCUUUAAGACUAACCUUGAAAUGAACAAGGAAGCACUCACUACGGACCUGGUUUGUAUGAUAGAGGAGAGGUCACUUCCACGAAACCUUGCAAAGUUCAGGGAACAGAUAGAACGAUUUUUCAUGGCUGGGGGAGCUAGAAUUGAUCUCAUAGCCAAGGUUAUUGAUCUGGACAAUGCAAUUGGUGGAUACAACUUCGAUAUCCCUAAUUUAGAGCAAACAUCGAAUAAAAUAGAGAGCCUGCGAAACUCUGGAGGUAAGCAUCGAUGGUUGAGUACACGCAUACGUACGUGCAACAUGCAAAGUGAAGCAGUAGUUGUAGAUGAAGACAUAGAAAUGUCCAGAAUACAACUGAGGAUAUAAGAUAUUCUCCUGUCCAAAUCUGACAUGUGACAUGUUUUUAUUACCAAAUCAAAAGUGACAGAGUAUUUCCUGUUUUAGUGACUGCAGAGUAUUACUUCAUUGCCUUCUGGACUGGUUGCUUUUUCAUCGUGGGAUUACCCCCUCGUUUGCCUGUACUCCCCAACGUGAGAGAGGUAAUGGGGGACUGAAGUGUCUUGCUCAACACAACACAACACAAUGAAUCAGUCAGGGCUUGUAACUGGGAGCUAAUGGGGAGCUCACAAAUCAUUUAGCCACUAGCUCUCAAGCAGUGAAAUGAUUAUAAAGCAAGGGGUGGGAUAAUGUUUUUUCGGUUAACGGACGAGACUCCGGGUCGAGCUAGAAUGACUUAACGUUAUUAUCAUAGCUGUCAAAGAUUGCAUAUUUAACAAACAAGGAAUGUUUCCUCUCUGUUUUCAUUUGGUUCCUUGUUAACUUUGAUUUGCAGACUUAGACUCUCCAAUCGCUGAGAACAUACAACAGAUGUUCCUCGAUGAUUUACUUACUUCUUAUCAGCAGAUGGAGACAAGUUUCACUCAGAAUCUCUAUCAGUUUUACAAAGGCUUUGAGUUCCGCUCACUUUGGAAAGUUGGUGAUACCUUAGUCGACUUUCAGCGACGAGCAAGCGAAGCUGCUCGAGGAAAUGAACAACUCCGAGGUGUACUGGAACUGGCUAAUGCUUUACAGGAAAUCGAUUCUAUAGAAAGCAAAGGGCGAAAAUGUUUCACCAGAUUCAAAUAUUCAACAAAUACACACAAAUGGUCUUUUAACAGUGUUGAACAUGCUACGGUCAGUAGUAUAAUAAUAGGCGUAUUUGACUUAUAAAAGAUCCAGUAGUCAUAAAGGUGCUGCCUUAUGAAAUUUUUGCGGAAAAAAAGUCGCAGCGCACAGUGGGAAGAUUGGGUUUAGGGUUUAGGUUUUCCUGCACCAUGAUUGGCUAUAUUUCCAAUAAAAAUAGGAAAAUAUCGCUCUGAAGAAGGGCUUACGCUCGAAACGUCACCCUCUAAAUUCUUCACGGUGACUAAAUUACCUAUACUUCCUAUUGCAUGUUAUUUAUGGAAGUUUUUAGAGGAUAAUAGUCAAGUAUAUGAGGACAGUAUAUCGUUGUAGUUUUUUUUAUAGAUGAAAAUCUCAAACUUGUGAAACAACUCAUAUUACAAUUUCAGAGAGAUAUUUUCAUUAUGAUUAAUGCUCUGUACACUUCUCGAAGUUAAUUAAUUUUUAAGUAUGAAGAGCCACUUAAACAUUGUUUUCUGAGAGCGGGUUGUCAGUUCAACACUUGACAGUUCUUUGAGAUUAAGAAUACCGCAAUUGUUAAGUCUUCUUGUUUUAGGUCUUGUUGUUGUUAGGUCUUCUGUUAUCCCCUUGUUAUUUUUGUGAGUUUGAGAAUGACUUGUUAUAACAACGUUGUUUUCCUUGUUUCUCUACCUCGUAUGCACUAGCUUUUUGAUGAUUUGCACAGAGGCAAAGCGAAGUUCACCAUUAAGGUUUCUGACAAUUGCAAGUCAUGCUACAAUGUUCGUCUUUUAAAGGUAGGAAAAAUGUCCUCUACUGCUAAGAGCCAUACAUCGAUGCCGUAUGGCUAUGACACUUAAAAGACGACUAUGGCAACUAACAUAACACAUAUUUGCUUUGGUUUGCUAGUUUUGGUCUUUAUUUUCUUAGCCUUGUUGUUCUGCACGCUCUUUAACGUUUUUAAACCAUCGGGUAUUAUCAUGCUAUUUUCUUAUUUGUUUAUUUACUUUUUUCAAUUGGACACUGCUCAUUUUAAUUUCAACUCUCAUGGUCAUCAUGCUACCUUGCUUGAUUUUCAUUGUUUUGUUUUGUUUUUGUGUUUGUUUGUUUUCUUUCUAGUUCUCGAUAUUACAGCCCAUUUUAUUUCUACCGCACUGCGUCUUUUAAUGAAUAGUUUACUCAGCUCAAAGCUUGCUAAUAUUAGGUUUUGUACACUCUAAGUUGUAAUUUGAAAUUUUCACACGUUUUACCGUAAAUAGUAGAAGGCACGUUGUUUUGGUUUUCCUUUUAGUUCUAGCCAUCAAGCAACGCCAUAUCACAUCGCAUUGACAUGAUAUCUUCAUCACUAUCAUGCUGUUAUCAUGACAACUACUAUCAAAAUCAUGAAAGCAAAGUUAUGCGUUUAUAUCCUCUUAACUGCUGCGUGCGUGACCUAGUAGUGAUUUCAUUUGUUAGCGCCUUUCUAUCCUAUCAGUGAGAAACACGAAUUGUUCUCAUUUCCACCGUGGCUUGGUAGUGACGCAUUUGAUCUCUCUGCGUGGUUUUGGAACGAUGAUUGAUCAGUCAACAACUUUAUCUUUAUUUUCCAUAGAUGUAUGUUGAACUCUAUGGAGAUGAAACUCAAAGGGAAAACAACUUUCCAGCAACUGUUUAUCUAAGACUGCGACAUAUGAGUGCCUCGUUUUUUCGAGAUGGAAAUGGAGAAGUGAGAGAAUUCCGACAACAAAACAUGGACGUUUGGAGAAAGUUUGAAUUUGACCGUUUUGCAAUUACAGAUACUGCCAAGUGCCAAGCAGAGAAAAAGAAUGGCAACAGUAAGUAUUCACACAUUGAUUGACUAUCAAAGAAUUGUUCCAUGCUUAGCGUGUGUAUAUCGAGUUAUGGACGCAUGCGGAAAGUUUGGAGAGCACCAUAGGAGCGUACCAGUAGCUCGAGACGCCGCCUCGAACAACUCUAGCUUCUUUCCAGUGCCGGGCAGUGAUACUCUAAAUAUCUCGUUUCUUAUCGAUUGGACGUAAGUAAGUAUUCUUUAAAGAUAGGCCACUAAAUUACUUAGUAAGCCUUUACGGUAUCGGUGUGCUUUUUAGAGGAUUCUCUAUACUGCCUGGAGAAAGACGAUGUUCGCUUUCAAGCAAUGUGCUGCCAUUACCUUAGUGAUUCCCCGUGUCAGGACGUGCUGCUUGGAGCAGAAGAGUGUCAGAGUCCAUUUGGAUCUUACGAGCUGACUAUACCUGUAGAUGAAGACGUGGAUUGUCGACCAGACAGUUCACAGUUAACAAAUAAGAACUGCAAAGACUUUGACGUGAGUUUAUUUAUCAUUGAUAUUGUGCUGGGAGGAUACCUUACCAAUAUUUCAGUGCUAAUCUUGUGCUUACCGUCUAUUGCAAAAAGUACCGAACAGUUUUUGAAAAGUUGAGAACAUUUAUUUACGACUUAAGUUUGAUAGAAAAACCACUAAAACAGAAGUCGUGAGAUGAAAUAGUCAUUCAAAGGGUCGAACUUUCCGAAUAUAACUGAUUAUUUUGUUUCUCAGAGGGCACGGCAACGAAUCCUUCAAUCUGAUUGGCUCUUAGUGCGGUCCGUAUUUUCUUAUCUCUACCCACGGGCAAAUCGGUUGACGAGUGGCCUAAGACCCGUUUGUAAUUAAUUUUAAUCCUAAACAAAAAGUACCUGGAAAGUUAAAACGUGAGGUACUUGGUUACAAUUGAAUUAAUAUAUGGAAAUCACAUUCAUUUAAUAUCUGAAUUCUCUCAAACAACUUGUUCGUAGUGAAAGGGCGAUCGAAUUUUUUAAGCUCUACAAAGACACUUUCGGUGAGUCUUUCCAAGUCCGUUCAAUUUAGACAUUUGUUCCGUAAAUUGCACGACAGAAACUGAAGGAAUUCAAUGAGAAAAAGCCGCAUGAAAUCCCGUUGUGUCUAGUUGAAGUGUCUCAUUCGAAUUUAGUUUCAGUGGAGAAAAGAUCAGAUUUACACACGCCAUUGCAGUAAACAAACGAGCAAACUCUCACAACUUCAAAAUUUUGAAUUUACUUACAAUAACUUUCCUUACCAUUUACUCACUGAACAGAGGUAAAUCUUCGUAUAUGAAAGUGAGUAAUACUUUCCGCAAGAUGGUUGACUGCUUUUGAAGAAAACAUUAUCGUGACACGUAUCAAGAAAUGGGCCAUUGUUGUGGGUUAAAUUCGACUUCACAAGUUCAAACAAAAGCCUUUUGUUGUUUGUUGCGCUGAGGAAAUUGUGCCGAGACUCGACGAAGAUGAAUUUCAAAUCGUCGCAAAAUUGUCGGCGUGUCAAAUUAGCGGCACUUGGGGAGAGGGGUUGGAAAAGUUGCUCAUAAGCGUGCUGUUCACACAGGGCUACCCAAGGGAGAAAAUGCCCUUCACUAUGCUUGGUCUCUCAGUAUUUUUUUUUUCAUCAGCGAACCAGUUGAUUAUAAAUUUAUUAACACAAUAAGGAUGCUUUGUUGUUAACAACAUUCACGAACUAUACUCGGCAAGAGGACGAGAGGAAAAAAAGCAACAAUUCACUAUUGUUAUUAACCCCAAACAAGAUACCUGGAAAUGCUGAGUUCUUUAUACUGUACUUUGGAUCAGUUGAUAAUAGCGUGCAGCACAACGCCGCAAAACGAUGAAGCUUUUAUCGAUGGUUUCACUUGGUCAAGAGUUUUGUUUCUCUUAUCAAAGAAGCGCUAGUCUUAAGCGCUAGUCUUAAUACUAUCACGCUUUCACUCUCGUAACGUAAAGAAAGAAGAAGAAAAUUUUGUGCUGGGGAAAAUACCACUUAGGAAUUAAAAAACGCUCAACUUAAGUGGUUGGAUUUAAAAUGAUCUUUAAAGGUUAAUGUUCUAAUUUAGUCGUGCAGUGAAAACACUGGCGGCGCGCGCGGCUUUUAACAAAGAGGUGAUAGUUUUAAAACUAUCUAGUUUUAGUCGUAACGUAAAACAAAAUAGAAGAAAGAAUUGGCGUUUGGGAAAAUACUUCUUAGGAAUUAAGAAUAACGCCGAGUUAAAUGGCUGGACUAAAAAAAUCAGUAAUAUUUGCGGGCUGUCGUUCUACUUUAGUCUUCCAGUGAAAACUCUGGCGGCGUGCGCGGCAUUUAACAAAGAGGUGAUAGUUUUAAACUGCUCUGCCUUCCUUUUGGUCGACAUGGUGUUGUGCUGAAUUUUCAAAUUGCGAUUCUCUUCCCGAAGACGUCUUAUCUCGGCCUCAUAAACUUCUAUAAGAGAUGGCUGUGUCGGUACCAGCGCGCAACUCUGUUCUCGAUUGUGAUAAAAAUGAGUUUGAAAACUCCCACCGCCGACCGACUUAACCUUAAAUUUCGACAACAUUACUGAGCGAGUAUCAGUCCUCAUUACACCCGGAGGUUUUUAGUUACCAUCAUUUUAUGCCUUGUGUUCAUUUAAUGAUAACUUAAACAAAGCGAUUGCUUUUAAUACAAUGCAAUUGAAGCAAUUAGAGAGGCAAGUGCGAACUGAGAUCGCUUGAAACUUGACAAUGGAUCAUUUUUAUCAUGGAGGUGAGAAAAUAACCACCUAUUGUUUUAAUCGUUUCUUAUGAAGCGGCCGCGUGUAUCAUGAGAAUUGAUCGAUAUCAAGGAAUAUUGCUGCUUUUUUGCGCUAAGAGCAUAUGCCAUUAAAUAACUAAUUCGCCCGCGGUUUAAAUACUUUGUAAGCAUUUGCGUUGUCAUUAGAUGGUUUCUUUUUGGGUUUCCUUUCAAAAUUCUUCAUUGCUGAAACCAGGGUGUCGAUAUCGAUGGGGAUAAAUGCGAGUAACGAGCAUCCUUAUGUUCCGACAUGUAUUCGAGAAUAAGCCGUAAUGUAAUAAAGAUCGUCGGUAGAAAAUGUCGUUUGAGAUCAGGAGAGUGAAAAGACAAUAGACUUCUUAUCUUGUCUCACAAAUCUUGCCGUCUGGAAAAUCAGAUGCCAUCUUCACGGUACAUAAAAUCUUCAGCGGCGUUCAGUCACUCAUCUCUCAAAGGAUUCAAGUUCAUCUCGGUUUUUGUUUUUUGUUUGUUCUUUUUUCCAGAGGAUGAAAAACUUCGUCAAUAUCAGUGAGCAACAAACACAAACCAAGACCCUGUUCUAAAGCCGCGGUUACAAGUGCAAUUUUUUUGCUUGCGAUGGUGAUGCGAUUUUUUCAGUUUAACGGAAUGAGUUUAAUUCAAACAAGUUUCGUUCGUGACCAUUCACACAAAUUUCAUUUGGUUUCAUCACUCUUUGUCAGUCUCUCAGUUGCGACAUUCUGUGUCUUGACCAACCCUCCCUGAGUAGCAAGUGAACUUGAACAAAAAGUAACGCCCUACUCCUCCCCAGGGUAAGAUUUGACAUACACGCGCUUUCGCUAAAUAUUCAAAUUUCGCGCUCGUGCAGUAAUCGGCUAUAUUUGAAUUUACCUCGUGAAUUUCGCUAUUGUAAUGGCAGCUAGUUUGAAUUUCCCUCGUGAAUUAAUAAGCCAUUGUUUGGCUCUAAAGCUAUUGUUUCAAGAUAUCCUUUUAUGGAUAUUUGAGAUACUAAACAAAGGGCAUUGUCUUUGAAUUUGACCAGCUUUUCUUGAUACGCAAGCCAUGCCAAACUAGUUCCGUUGUUUUUACAAAAGUGUAUAUGCGUUUUCUUUCUUACGCGCUCUCUAACUGACAGUUGUCAGAUUGUGACAGAUACUAGUAACAUUUUUUAAACUUUGUUGGAAACCUUUUAAAUAACCUUUAUCAUUACGCAAAUGAAAAUGUUUCGGUGAAGCUUCUCUCUUUAAUUUGCAUUACCUCUAUUUUAACUACCAUUUACUCGCACAAAAAUUGUUCAGUUUAUGGAAGAUCUUGCUGUAAUUACAACCCCUAAAUCAUUCGGGUUCUUUUGGGAAGAAUUUCGUUAAGUUUGUUAAAAAAAAGGUUAUUCACCAGCCUAGCUCGGUCCGUAUUGGGAAAACAGUGCUCACCGUCUUGAGUACCGCCCGAUACGGACCUCCAGGCUGGCGAAUAACAUAUAUCUAUACUUCACGAUAAAACCCAGCCUAUACUAGUAUUGUAGAGGGUAAUAUGACAGAUACGGGCUUGACUGAAGCCUUUAUGUUGGUGUAAUCGCACGUGACCGAACACAAAAGCCAGAACACUCGUUCUCAGCCUAUUGAAAUGACCACCCGCACAUGUAUUUCAAUAUUUUGUUCGUAGAGGGAAAAAUCACUCUGUAAUAAGAAUGACCUUUAUGGAAACGCACUAAAUUCAUUUUUUAUCAUGGAGAGAACUUAUAAUAAAAGGGUUAAGUCAUGGACUUUUAGUAGUUUUAGCAAAUAGAUUAUGUAGAAGCUAUAUUUUUUGUACAUGUUUUAUUCUUGAUGGACACAUAUCUUACAUGAGCAUCCAAAUUCUCGUCCUUCUUUACUUGUUUCCCCGAUUUAUACCUCUCUCCUAUUUGUAGUUAAAAUACUUAUUACGGUGUUUUUUUUUUUCACAGAGGAGCGUCUACACAAAUAUGAACGUAUGGACACAUUAUUUAUACUGGUCUGACAGAUACCCAACCGGACCGAAUGAUGAGAAAUGCGCUAGUCACUCAAGAGCCAAGUUUAAAAUUUCGGUAUCUGAGCCUUCCCCACCUUUAGAGCCCGAGGCAUUAAACGUCACAGGAAAUAGAAGACAGAUACUCAAUUAAACGUUUCUGAUAAUUACCAGGAGGAAAAAAGUGAUACAACUUCUCUACUGGUAUUUGAAAAUAAGGGGCAUGGAAAACAAGGAAUCUUUACCAAGGUUUACAGUGGGUGUCCAUCUCACACCUGACCAUCUGAGCAAAUCAGAAUAUUUGUCAAAUGUCAUAAUUUGAUAUAUCGAAAAAAAUAGUUUACGCCGAGUUGGUGUCAAAAGGAGUAAAUGGUUUCACACCGUUUUUUGUGAGAUUCAAUAAAAAUUAUAAUGAUAAAAAACAAACUAAUAAAAUAAAAAACACGUUUUAACUCCUUUUUCCACAAUUACAGCCACUUUUCCAUUUCCAGAGGAAGGUAAGUGGUCUCUUACAGACCGGUCAUCCAAAAGUUAGCGCUAUUGACUUUAUAUCGAAAGGUGCAGGUCAAAAUAAUGACAAGGGUCGCUGAAUUUUUUCCUCUUGAGUCAGAAUUUCUACCCCUCCGUAGAGGAGAUAUAAAAAAACAAACCAAUUGUCAGAGGGUAAAAGUGAUUCUUUAGACAUGCCUGAAAAAAUCCAUCCACAAUAGGUGAAAUAUUAAUUGCUGUCAUAAUUUUUGAUGAAAUAAAUUGCAGUUCGCCAGUAAUGGUCAUUGCUUUACUUAAGAAUACCUCUGUAUCUUCAUACUACAGAAACGAGAAUAAGUUGUAGAGGGUAUGCGGGUUAUUUCGCAGUCUAUCUUUAUAAGCAGAUAAACUCCCUUGCAGAUGAGAAGAAGGCAAACACGAAAACCAGUUGCCCUUAUUGUUUAUUGCAUUUAAUUGUUUUCCUUUUUUUAAGGCAAUACAGACGAGUCUCUUCAUGAAGGCGACAUCAAGCUGUCGCCUGAGCAACACGUUGCUCUUGAACUUUUUGGUAAUCCAACUGUCUCUAUAAGAGACGCCAGAGGGAUAACCAAUGAACGGAAACGUCUGUGGGACACCCUUGUAGUUCCAUACAACAUAACACUCGAACUGGGUGUGUAUAUACACUAGCCAAUCACAGUUUAUGUUUAAUUUUUAGCUGACCUCUCUUCGCUCCAUUUUCUUGUCUAUUUUGAUGAGUCAUCCACGUUACUCACGGUGAAAUCAUUAUUUGGCGCGAUUAAGAUACAACAAUGAAAAGACUAUUAAAAUUUAAAAUCCAGCCCCUUGAAUUUUUUCAGUUAUUUUUUGCUCCCAUUUUUAAACUCAUUUUCUUGUUGUGACUGAUUUAACAUUUUCAGAAGAGAAUCCUACCGCUAAAAAUGUCAUUCUUAGCGCAAUGCGGGAGUGGGAACAAAGCUCGUGCUUGAAGUUUGUGAGAAGAACAACCGAAAAGGACUAUAUUGAGUUUUUCAAAGGAGGCGGGUGAGUGUUUUUCUAUUAAGUCGUCUGUUUUUGUUUUCAAAGGAUGUACACGAAGCACCUCGGAAUAGUUCUAGGAGGGAAUAGAGAAGGCGAUCCUUGGGAUCUAAAGGAAAAAUUUUGGUAGACACCUAGGAUGUGUAAUACUACAUAUUGACUGUAAUUCAAAAUUAAUCUUGUUAAAAGAAUUCUAAGGUUCUUUUUUUUUUUUUUCGUCAUUGCACUUGUUUUUGUUUUGCGAAGAUGUUGGUCAUAUGUUGGACGUCAAGGUGGAAAGCUGCAGAUUUCACUGGCCAGCGGUUGCUGGUAUCAAGGAACAGUUGUUCAUGAAAUGGGUGAGUGACAUCUAUCAUGGAUAAAAAAAGGUUACAUGCCAAGCUGCAUUGUUUUUGAAUUUUUUUUUUUGUGUGUGUGUAGGACACGCUCUGGGAUUCUGGCACGAGCAGAGUCGUCCUGACAGAGAUGACCACGUGGAAAUUGUUUGGAAAAAUAUACCAGAGGGUAGGUUCGAUCACAUCAAAUCAAUUAUUUUCAGUUUCCAGUACUUUUUUAUGACUACAAGCAUCUUAAUUUUUAAGAAGUCAACUGCAAUGCAUCUUUCCUGUUCUCCUGUUCCCUCCUCCUUCACUUCUUCCUGGUCCUCGCCCCGCCCCCUGUCCUCACUCUCCUCCUCCCCAAUUAUUUUCGUGUCCUAUCACUUUCCUGUGCCCCUUCCCCUUUCCUCCUGCCUUCUCUUUUUCGUCUUUCUCCUUCUUCGCCUACCUUUCCAUCUCGUCCUACUCAUUUCGCACCCCUUCCUCGCCUAAACGUUUAUGUAAGCACUUCCUACACCUUGUAACUGCCCUCUUCGUUCACCUUUCUCCCUUCCAUUACUCUUCCUCCUAAUUCUCUGCAUGCUUUUCCGCCUCCUUCCAGCCUGAAAGAAAAUAUUUCAUCAUUACUCACUGUGGUGAAAUUUUGCUUUAUCUCAGACAAGAAGCACAACUUCAGGAAGUACAACGUAUCUAAGAUAGACUCGUUGGGGAUCCCUUAUGACUAUCUAUCAGUCAUGCAUUACUCAUCAAAUGCAUUUGGUAUCAAUGGCUUGACCACUAUCAUAGCAAGGGAUCCGUCCGUCGAACAACUUGGGCAGCGGAUUGGUCUUAGUCCGCUGGACGUUCGACAGGCUGACUUGCUAUAUGAUUGCAAAGGUCGGUGAUUGUAUGCCUUAUUGUGGUUUAUAAUGAUCGUGUAAUAAUUAAUAGGACUUAGUAAGUGCACAAGUGUUUGAAGGAGCCUUUAUGAAACCCCCAUCACAUUAGUGGCAGUGAUAAUUCCGGUGCAUUUCUUUAGAUGAUGAUGGAACAAAAUACAUUGAAUGGUCAAUCUAUUAAUCCUUAAGGCUAACAAUAAGGAGUUAGGGAGACAGAGCUAAAAUAUAACUUUCUCAAAGAGGGCAAACAUUAAAUUUAAUUCAUCACUUGUACAGAAAGCCGGAAUACAAACCUGAACCUAUGCAUCAGUUGCACAAAAAGUUAAUAACUAAGUAAGUGGAAAAACAAAAGAAAAAAAGAAAUGGUAAGUUAUCACUUAUGAAAAGGAUUUCUCAGUUUAGUCCUUUAACGAUCAUUUCGUUAUUUUCUCAUUUCACGAAAAGGAACAACCACCAGGCCGCCAGCUAAUCCAAUUCCUUUACCACCCCCUGAUGGUAAGCAGAAAAAUCUUAAUGAUGAACUUAGUCAACUUAUUCUCUUUUAAGCUGAUCUAAAAUCCUUCCCUUUUCGGUCAGGGCCCGAUGACUGCACAUUUGAUAACAGUCUUUGCAGAUUUACCAAUAUUGAUCGCGAUGACUUUGAUUGGACAAGGAGAAUGGGAAGGACUCCGAGUGGAAGGACUGGGCCUGAAACUGACCAUACGACUCUCCGUUUUGGUGAGUUAUCGGUUCUGUAGGACGUAUGUGUAAAUCCACGUUUAUUGUCAAAGUCAGUGAUUCAAUUUUGAAAUCAUACAAACAGACAAACAAAUGAUGAAACAAAACAAAAAAGUGACACAUCGAUUCUGUUUGUUUCUCUCUAGAGGUGUAACCAUUUUAAUGAUAAAAGAAAAUACUUGUACCAUUUCUGCAGGAUUUUUCAUGUUCAUUGAGGCUUCAAAUCCCAGGAAGCUUAAUGAUACGGCUGUACUCCAAAGCAAAAUUUUUUUGCCUUCCGGUGAAAGGUGUUUACAAUUUUAUUACCACAUGUACGGAGAAGACAUGGGUGCGAUGCACGUUCUGUAUUCAUCUGAUGCUGGAGAUAAGAAGAUCUGGGAAAAACAAAAAGAUCAGGGAAAUCAGUGGCAUUUGGCUCAUGUCCAGCUUUCUUCCGCGAAAUCCCCUUACAGGGUGAGAUAUCUGUCACCUCUAGGUUUACUUUGGAAGGCACGAAGUAUUUGUAACGUUAAGUUAUGUUAUGAGCCUGAAAGGCCCUCUGCCAGGGUUCCUCUAAGUUUCAGGGGCUUAAAGCUACUAGGAGUCCUCUACUUUUUAAAAUGGUUUUUUUUUCAAUGAAAGUCACCCACAAAUCAAUGCGGGCACCAUCUCAAAUAAGCGUAGCAUCAAAGAAUAAAUCAACGUCGCAACGCAGAGGUAGGAUACUUACAGUAAAGUGGACUAAUCGAUUUAUCUUUGUUUGAAACAUUGAAAGAUCCCAUUAUUUCUUGGAUCAAAUAUUGUUUCACUGAAUACUUCGCCCGUAAGGACUAGGUUGAGUUUUAAGUAUUAACGUGUACAUAUUUUUGUUUCCUGGUUAGGUAAAAUUCGUUGGUGUUAGAGGAAAAGGCUAUCGAGGAGAUGCUGCUAUUGACGAUGUUUUCUUUACGGAUGGAAAAUGUCCGCGCUAA